GGUUCCGUUCGCAGCGCACUGCGGUUUGGUUUGUUUUCAACGGCGGUGACGGAGGUUGGGAACCCGGCCGACUGCAGGCGGGGGCGUCAGGAGGCGGAUUCCUCCUGCCCUAAGCACUGGGGGGCGGGAGGAGGGGAGCCGGACCAGAGGGCCGGGCACCAAGCCGCGAAGGCAGAGCAGGCUGAGGCGAUGGAGGGCGACGGGGUGCCGUGGGGGAGCGAGCCGGACUCGGGUCCCGGCCCGGGAGGCGGCGGAAUGAUCCGCGAGCUGUGCCGGGGCUUUGGCCGCUACCGCCGCUACCUGGGACGGCUGAGGCAGAACCUGCGCGAAACGCAGAAGUUCUUCCGCGACAUCAAGGGCUCCCACAACCACAGCUGUCCCUCCUCCCCCACGGAAGGCGGCGGGGCUGAGCGCGGCCCUGCCGGCGAUGUCGCCGAGAUCGGGCUGCAGGCGGGCCAGCUGAGCUGCAUUUCCUUCCCGCCUAAGGAAGAGAAGCACCUCCAGCAGAUUGUGGACUGCCUCCCCUGCAUCUUGAUCCUCGGCCAGGACUGUAGUGUCAAGUGCCAGCUGUUGAACCUGCUCUUGGGGGUGCAGGUGCUUCCCACCACCAAGCUGGGCAGUGAGGAGAACUGUAAGCUUCGGCGCCUCCGCUUCACCUAUGGGACUCAGACUCGGGUCAGCCUGGCACUCCCUGGCCAGUAUGAACUAGUGCACACGCUGGUUGCUCACCAGGGCAACUGGGACACCAUCCCUGAGGAGGACCUGGAGGUCCAAGAGGACAGUGAGGAUGCUGCCCAUGUUUUAGCCGAACUGGAGGUGACGAUGCACCAUGCUCUCUUACAGGAAGUGGACAUUGUGGUAGCACCGUGCCAAGGCCUCCGGCCCACAGUGGAUGUUCUGGGUGACUUGGUGAAUGAUUUCUUGCCUGUGAUAACCUAUGCACUCCACAAAGAUGAACUCUCUGAAAGGGAUGAGCAAGAGCUUCAGGAAAUCCGAAAGUAUUUCUCCUUUCCCGUAUUCUUUUUCAAAGUGCCGAAGCUGGGCUCGGAGAUAAUCAGCUCCUCCACCAGAAGAAUGGAGAAUGAAAGAUCACCACUCCAUCGCCAGCUAACUGACCUGGGCUAUCUGAGCAGCAGUCACUGUAACUGUGGGAACCCCAGCCAGGACACCAAAGCUCAGAGCGUGUUGGUGGAGCAAAGUGAGAAGCUGAGACACUUGAACACAUUUUCUCACCAGGUGCUACAGACUCACCUGGUGGACGCAGCCAAGGCCCUGAACCUGGUGCACUGCCGCUGCCUCGACAUCUUUAUUAACCAGGCCUUUGACAUGCAGCGGGACCUGCAGAUUACUCCCAAACGUCUAGAAUAUACACGAAAAAAGGAGAAUGAGUUGUACGAAUCACUGAUGAAUAUUGCCAACCGAAAGCAGGAGGAAAUGAAGGACGUGAUCGUUGAGACGCUUAACACCAUGAAGGAGGAGCUUCUGGAUGAUGCUGCCAACAUGGAGUUUAAAGAUGUCAUUGUCCCUGAGAAUGGAGAACCAGUGGGCACCAGAGAGAUCAAAUGCUGCAUCCGACAGAUCCAGGAACUCAUCAUCUCCCGGCUUAAUCAAGCAGUGGCUAACAAGCUGAUCAGCUCUGUGGAUUACCUACGUGAGAGCUUCGUCGGAACGCUGGAACGGUGUCUGCAGAGCCUGGAGAAGUCUCAGGAUGUCUCGGUUCACAUCACCAGUAAUUAUCUCAAACAGAUCUUAAAUGCUGCCUAUCAUGUUGAAGUCACAUUUCACUCAGGGUCCUCAGUUACAAGGAUGCUGUGGGAGCAAAUCAAACAGAUCAUCCAGCGCAUCACAUGGGUGAGCCCACCUGCCAUCACACUAGAGUGGAAGAGAAAGGUGGCCCAGGAAGCCAUCGAGAGCCUCAGCGCCUCCAAGCUGGCCAAGAGCAUUUGCAGCCAAUUCCGGACUCGGCUCAACAGUUCUCAUGAGGCCUUUGCAGCCUCCUUGCGGCAGCUGGAAGCUGGCCACUCAGGCCGGUUGGAGAAAACUGAAGAUCUAUGGCUGAAGGUUCGGAAAGACCAUGCUCCCCGCCUGGCCCGCCUUUCGCUGGAAAGCCGUUCUUUACAGGAUGUCUUGCUGCAUCGUAAACCUAAACUGGGACAGGAGCUGGGCCGGGGCCAGUAUGGUGUGGUGUACCUGUGUGACAACUGGGGGGGACACUUCCCUUGUGCCCUCAAGUCAGUUGUCCCUCCAGAUGAGAAGCACUGGAAUGACCUAGCUUUGGAGUUCCACUACAUGAGGUCUCUGCCGAAGCAUGAGCGAUUGGUGGAUCUGCACGGCUCCGUCAUCGACUACAACUAUGGUGGUGGUUCCAGCAUCGCUGUGCUGCUCAUUAUGGAGCGGCUGCACCGGGACCUCUACAGUGGGCUGAAGGCUGGGCUGACCCUGGAGACCCGUUUGCAGAUAGCCCUAGAUGUGGUGGAAGGAAUCCGCUUCCUGCACAGCCAGGGACUUGUCCACCGUGAUAUCAAACUGAAGAAUGUGCUGUUGGACAAGCAGAACCGUGCCAAGAUCACUGACUUAGGAUUCUGCAAGCCAGAGGCCAUGAUGUCAGGCAGCAUUGUGGGGACACCAAUUCAUAUGGCCCCUGAACUUUUCACAGGGAAGUAUGAUAAUUCUGUGGAUGUCUACGCUUUUGGCAUUCUUUUCUGGUAUAUCUGCUCAGGCUCUGUCAAGCUCCCUGAGGCAUUUGAGAGGUGUGCCAGCAAAGACCAUCUCUGGAACAAUGUGCGGAGAGGGGCCCGUCCAGAACGCCUCCCUGUGUUUGACGAGGAGUGCUGGCAGCUGAUGGAAGCCUGCUGGGAUGGUGACCCCUCGCAGAGACCUCUCUUGGGCAUUGUCCAGCCCAUGCUCCAGGGCAUCAUGGACCGGCUAUGCAAGUCACAUUCUGAGAGGCCAAACAGAGGACUCGAUGAUUCUACUUGAAAGCAGAGACCUUUCUCUUUCGCUCUUUCUUUCUUUCCUUCCCCUCACCUUUUGGCUAUGGGAAGAAUUUGACAUUCAUUACAGAGAGCUCCCAAGGGGACUGAUGCUUGCGGGGCAACUUGAGACCUUUCCAGGCAGAGAUGACUCCUGGAUAGGGAAGAGUUGGAUGGCUUUGAGCAUAUCCAGCAGUUCACUGAUGCCCAAGCUGUUUCUUUAGCCAAAAAGUCAGUAUAAAUCUCUUCUGUAUGAAAUUUCAAGAAAAGUCUUACCUAGUUCCCUUUUCCAGACUGUCUUUUAACUCCAGCCAUAAUCGGGACUCUGUGCUCCCAUAGUGGAGCCCACAUUCCUAACAUUCUUUGGAAGUCUUAGUUCAUAGCUCCGUUUACACAUGGGAGGUUAGGUUUUUCUCCACCCAGAGUCCCUUUUCAGUUUAUCCCCCGUGGCUUAGUCUGCUCUCAGAUACCAGUUUUCUAGCAGAUUGCGCACAUAUUUUGCCUGAGUAGGGAGAAGCAAGGGAGGGGCUAACGCUUAGUAAGGAGAUGAGUGGUUGCAGUUCAUUUUUUAAAAAGUAUUCUGAGAAAAGGUGCAGGUCAGCCAGAGUCCAUAUGUAGAUAUUUGGAAGUGUUAUUUAAACGCUCAGCAGGCUGAGUACAGGAAUACAUAUGUAUAACACGUGUGUAUACUUUGCUUUUGUUGAAUAACAGUGUCUGCUAAUUUGGGGUUCUUCUGUUGCUUGGCAUCCAUUAUUUAGGUGAUGCAAUGCCAUGAAAUGUACUGUAUUGUAUAUUAACUUGGGAAGACACUAGAUAUUCAAAGAGGCCUGGCAGCACUUGGGCUGUAGAGGGCUCAACAAGGCCAAAGUCCUGAAGACUUUACCUCCUAGCUUUGGUUGUCUGUGCUCCCACGUGGUGAGGUGAGAUUGUGGCAGGGGGAGGAAGAAGGAUGGGAUGAAAGAGUUACCCUCACUGUGUUCCAUCCUUCUUACCAACUUAAUUAGGGCAAUUUACCCCAGCCUGAAAAUGAUUACCUGGCCAUUUUUAAUGUGCUUGAGGUCUGGUCGCUUCUGUUGCUUCAGAAUUGAGUGACGGACCUUCCUGCAGAGCAAUCAGAAGACGCGGUGGAGCCUGGGGCUCCAGAGUAGCUGCCUUAGUGCCUAGGGAGCCAGCGGCAAGGUCAGUCUGGGGGCGUUGCGGAAUGCACGUCGGGGUGAGGUUUCCACAGGCAUGCCCUAGUUCCCUGGAUCCUCUGCAGAGAGUGGCUCAUUGAUUGAGCAAAAGCCUUUCACUUCUCUGGGAAGGAGGACUGUGCUGGUUCUUCCCAGACCAAAGAAGUCAUUUGUGACUCCAUCAGUUUCAAGGGGACAGAGCCUAGGCAGCAGCUUCUCCUAAUUUUUAACACUAAAAUUCAAGGAAAGAGUGAAGGGAGGGAUAUAUUACUACCACGGAUAGAAACAGGGGACUGGUAGAACUCUCAAGCAGUACCUGUCAGCUCUCCAAUGCGUUUUUUUUGCAUUUUCACUUGAGCUGCCAAAGAGGUGUUGACAAAGCUUUUUCCUGAUCAGCAAAGUGGUUUGGGGUAGCGGGGCUGCAAAAUGAUAACUGCACUGAAUGACACUUUAUUUUUUGGCUUAUUAUUUAGCACUGAGAAGCCAAAAGGGAUUGGUGAUUAUAACAGCACUUUGGGGAACAGACUCCCUCUGGCCUUGCUUUGGAGAGACGGCAUGCGUGGUAUUCCAUCUGACCAAUCAGGGAACCUCCUAAGUUCAUACUGCAUCAGAGUGGAAUAAAUGGCCCUCGAAGAGUCCAUUGCCGAAAGAGUAGUUGCUUUCUUUGAGUUUUCAAAGCUUGAUUUUUGGAUUUGCUGGAUCAAAUAACCCACUUUUUCUUUAAAAGAAAAAAAAAGAGGGUUUAUCCAUCUAAAUGUGGGGGUGGGGUGGGUUAGGGCUAGUGUGAUGUUUAAGUGGGUUAGGAGGGAGUCAACUUGAGAAACCUGUAUGGCAAACUCCCUUGGGGGGUUUUAAGUACACUACUGUUCUGAAAAGGGUUUUAUUUUUAACUUUAUCUGCUUUGUUAACUAACAUCCAGUCCACAGAGCUGACUGAAGAGACUGUGUGUGAACACCUGACACUGGGGGGACACCUUACUCAGAGGGUUGGAAAGGAAAUUGGCCUGGACAGCUUGUUGUCUUUUGUCUUUAUGUAAUGUUUUUGUUUGUUUCAAAGGACUAAUGUUUAUUAUUACAGUGUUAAAUAAAAAGUGUAAUAUACUAAGUGUGUAGAAUAAAAGUGCAAUAACAAGAGAAAAUUACUUUGGCACAAACUUCAGUUCUUACACGCUCUCCCUCCUUGUGCUACCUGUCUCUUUCCAUGAUAUUGUUACAGCGGGACAGUGUUAACUGUGUAUAUUUUUAAGAGAUGCAACUAUGGGUUAAGUCUUCAUUUAGUGUAAUUUUGAAUGGCUGGGUUUGGUUUUAUAGAGUAUUGUGUAUACUUCUGGGGUGCACAAACACCAGAUGUGCUGUAUAAUAAAGAUCACAUUAACGUUU